AUAAAUCGAAGGUGUUCGUGUUGAUUCGGCGAAGAAAGAAGGCAACUCGCCGCUGUAUUUUGAGACGGCGAAGUAAUAAUGUUGAGAAGAGUGAUCGGUAACGUCGCCGUCCGGCGCCACUUUCAGCGAGCUCUAUCCAGCAAAUCCGGUGGUGGAAGUGGAAAGCCAAGCGACGUUUCAGCUGCGGUGGACUCGAUGCUACUCCGUUCACUAAAGGAACAUUACCUAGAAGUCUCCAAGAUGAUUCCUCCUCCCAAAGUGACACCUCCUUCACCGUUCGAGAUUGUGAAAGGAUCCCUCGAGGGAACUGGCGCUGUUCUGAAGAAAUCUGUCGGAAAUGAAGAGAUUAAUCUCUUUGUGAUGCGGUUGGCUCACGGAGGUGACGAUGAGGACGAUGAUGGGAUUAACCAGCUGUUCCUCCACGUGGCUGUCUCGAAGCCAAACCAGGCUGAGUCUCUGCAUUUCCUGUGCGGGCUUUACCCAGAUGCGUUGGGUAUUCACUCUGUUUCCAUGAGGCCGAAGCUUGAGGAUUUGGAGUUGUCUGAUGAUCCUGCUCGUUACACUGGCCCUUCUUUUGAGGAGCUAGAUGAGAAGAUGAGAGACGUAUUCCAUAGCUUCUUAGAGGAGCGAGGUGUGAACGAGAGUCUCUUCCCGUUUCUUCAAGCGUGGCUUUAUGUAAAGGAUCAUCGUAACCUGCUGCGUUGGUUCAAAUCAGUUGGCACGUAUGUUCAUGAAAAUCCAUCUGCGGAAAACAACGCCUAGGGGGCACUAUACCGCUCUUAUAUGAUGCAGUUCCAGGGACCAAGUUAUCUUUCAAACAAACAUAUGCAUCAAGUGAUGUUAAGUUAAGAAAAGUUCAUUUUUUUGACUCUGUGAGCUCUCUUAAUAAAGAAGCUAUGACACUAAUAUUAGAAAACAAAGACACUUCUUAUGAUUUAAAAAAGAACUAGAACAUAAUAACUCGUAAUUUUCAUGGUC